UAUUUGGACUAGAAACUAGACCUGAGAUAUUUGGUGAAAUUUUGUGUUUUUUUCCAGUGUUCCAUCAAGUCAGUGGCCUUCAACAUACAAAUGUGAAAAAGACAAUAUUCCACAGUGUUUCUAUUAAACAGUUACAUUAGAAACGCAAAAUUUAAUCCAUUAAAUUAGAAACGCAGGGAAAAAAAAGAAGCCACACAUGAAGCGAGUUUGUUCACGUGAUAAGUUAUGAAAAAAAUAUCCUCCUUCUACCACUUCCUGUUGCCUUCUUCAUUGUUUCUGCCAUCAGUAACGUCUGGUUAAUGAUCACGUGAGGCUUGUGAUGCUAAAGAAAAAAUUGUUUCCAUCGCGGCUUUGUGACAUACGCCAAUUUCUAUAGAGCGGCAAAAUCACCGUCUCCUCAUGCAAAAAUCUUUAAGCAAAAAAACAUUUUCUGUUUUUUUUUCCUGUUUAAUUGCCGUGUUCUCAUUAAGCAAAUUCCAAUUUCGCAAAUCCAAAACGCAGCUAGCUAACGUAGCUCUUGUGGUUCAACGGGUGUGAUGAUACUAUGCCUUUUCCUCAUGUGGCCUUUGUGCCCUGAUGUGGACAAUCUGCGCAACAAUUCGUUUUUUGUUUUUUUUUUAUCUCUAAGGUUUAACACUUUUGAGUGCAGCAGGGUUUGCAUACAGGCAAAGCAGAACGCCGCGGAACAGAUAGAACCGGAUCCUAUGCUGCUCUCCUUCCCGGGACGAUGAGGCCGUGGCUGCUGCUGCUCUCUCUGCUCCUCUCUGACCUGAGUCUCCUUGGAGACGGGGACUGGGUUAUGGAUUACUUUUACUGGCCCCUGUGCAGAAAGCUGCUCGUCGGCAGACCCAGGGCACCCUCCGGUAAACUUCACACUGCGCACAGCUGCCCGUGCCUCCACAAGUACUGUGUGUAUGUGGCUGAGCAGCAGAUGCAAAGGAGCCUAUCUUUUUACUGGACACACAGACGCCAUUAUUAUAACCGGGAACCGGAAAGAAUAAUUCAGGGGAUUCGUUUUCCAGCUCUGGCUGUGGCUUCUUUAAGUGGAGCAGGGAAACAUUUUCCAGCAUUUCUGGAAAAAUCCAACCUUCUACCUGCCCUGCAUGUUAUAAACGAACCUAUUAAAAUUCCUAUACAUGUAAUUAGUAACAGCCUCGAUUUCCUGUCGCCCUCGUUGCCUUGGCCGUCCAGCCGCAACUUUCCAUAUUUCUUACUGGAGAAAUCUGAGCUGCACCAACAACUUAUUCCUGACGCUGUGUUGCGGAAAACAGGAUGCCGCGCAGCAACAGCGCUGAUUGUUGUCGGCAGCUCUGACGAUAGGGAAGUGAAAUCAGCAAUGAGGAUUAAGAAAACAUGGGGAAAAGAUGUCGUGGAGCCAAAAAACAGACAAAAAGACAGAAUGUGGAAAGGAAUUAACUUAAAAGAGCCUCUACAGUCAAAGAUCCAGACACACAAAGAGAAUCUUUUACCUUUCAAGGAGGAUUCUGCUUUGCAAAAACGUACCUGGGAACAACUUUCUUCAAAAGCUGCAUCUAGUAGGGAUGCGGAUAGAGUUUACUUUCAGGGGCAAGCCCUGCUGGCAUCCAAAAAGAACAAAGGAUCCAUAUAUAGGUCACAGUUCGCAAUAAGGCCAGCAGCGGAUAAUGAUAUUGAAUAUUUCAGGAAGGAGUUAAACACAAAAAAGGCCGAGCAGGGCGGGAAGGAAGCGGAAAAUCCCAGCGCAAACAGAGAAAAACAUGGAAACCAACAGAUUUUAGCAAGCAGGUUACAAAUUCAGCGGACGCAUCAAGCAAAUUAUGCAGAAACCGUGACAUCUAAUACAGACAAAUCCAAAUGUAAAUGCCUUGUAGGGAUAGGUAGCUUGUUGAAAUUGUAUCUAAUAGACACAAUGGAAAUGACUGAUAUCAGAAUAGCUAAAAAAGUAUCAGGAGUUACUACCACUGAGGAGAACGUUGCUUUUAGAACCACUGGAGAGGCAAAAACAACAGCAGAUGAAUCUGUGAUACCAACACCUUUAGUCAAAGAGAUCCAGACCGAAACUACAACAGUGAGGCCUCUGACCGAAGCCACUGCCACAAAAAUGAAGAUCCAAGACACGACUGAAGUCUUCAGUCAAAGCAGCACAACUGACAUCCAGUCCAGCGGAGACCAGAGACAGACUACGCUACCCGACCCAGAACCUGAAACGGACUCUGAGCCAGGAUUCAAGAAACAUACAACACCCAACGCACGAGCUAUGUCUAAUGUCCAGUUCUCCGGUCUCCGAAUGAGAGACGACGGACGGGUAGUUGCAACGAAACACGAGGAGGACGCAGAGGGCGAUGAGAAAGGUUCUGAGAACUGGGCUGGAGAGGACAGAAAAGCCGGUCUGGUCCAUCAUGGAGGAGAAUCACAGACCUUUUCAAAAAGUUCAGAAGCCAUCCGAAAGGAGGAUGCAGAAAAAGAUAUGAAGGUAAAUGAAACAUACAACAAACACUCUGUUAUUUCAAAAGAAACAUGUAAUAUAUUGAUGUCUAAUCAUUUCCAUUCAUUGGUGGAGAAUAAAGUUUUUUUAAUAACGGGUAAACACUAGGAAUGAACAUGUAUUCAAAGUCAACACCCAUUGCCUAAGAUGUUCCUGGUAGUCAUCUUCCAGUUCAGUUUUUUUGGAGGACAAAACUAGAUCCUGCCCAAGUAAGACCAAACUGUACCUGCCUAUCAAACUUCACAUCGCAUCUGUCAUGUUUUCAGUUUUGCAACAGAGGAAAAGGGAAAAUGAAACAGAGCACACCUCUGUGUAACAGUGCUGAAAACCAGAAGCGAAGAGAUAAACACCAAGAUAGCUUCCUAACUUGAGAGAAAACAAUAUUUGUGAGUGUCCUGCGAUCCACAGUCUGAACUUUAUAACAACGUUCUGCCCUCUGGUGGACAGAAGAGAAAACACAAGCAAAACGGAUCUGAUGAUGAUCUGAUGUUUAUUAACCAGAG